AUGGCAGUUUUCAUGUCAAAUUCAAGUCGCUUCCAGUUGCUCCUCCAGGAAAUGCUUGACUUGUACGAAAAAAUCAACGCAACAACGGCUCAGUACAAGGACAAAAACGACGAAGAAAAAACGAUCUCAUGGGAUGAGGCAUGUUUGAAAAUUCCCACACCGAAUGGACCUCGUUGUACGGAGCGGAGCAUCCUAGAAAUUUACAAAUACGAUCGAGCGAUAAUCGAAAAAUUGAAAGACGAAGAUAUUUUCCAAACCGUGAAUUCUACUUUUACGAGUCCAAUUUACGGAUCGAAUUUCGACUACUUGACAACCCUGGGAAAACCCGUGAAAAAUGACCAAGACUCGCAAAUCGGGGCUGAAGCUCUUCGGAUGAGGUGGAUGAUUCAAAUCGACGUUGGUCAACUCACCGGAGACGAGAAAACCGAACGAGUUGAUAAAGCGACGUUGGCCUGGGAAAGUGCUUUCGUCGAUACUGUGGACGCAUUCACGAAAGAAUCUGAAAAAGAAUCGGAAGUAUUUCAAAACGCUGCUAGAAGUUUCAUGGAUGCAACUGCAGAUGCCAUUCUCGGCGAUUUGCAGCUUUUGUUCGGUGGAUACGUGCUAGUCUUCAUCUACGUAAUUCUGGUCCUGGGAAGACGGAAUCUCGUAGAAAUUCGGCUAACCCCUUUAACGGGGGAGAACCCCAUGGGACAAAAAUCGUUGCACAGAGACAAUUGUCACAAAGAUAAAGUCCAUCUGCUGUAG